AUGUCCCACCCCAGGCUGCUGCUGCUCCUCGUCCUGCUGGGAGCCGCCGGCGCCGGCCGCGCCCUCAGCCUGUCCAGCGCCGCCUCCCUGCUCAGCUGCCUGCAGGCCGCCCUGUCGGAGGCACGGCCGGGCCCUCCCCAGGACAACGCCGCCCUGGACAAGCGCGGCUCCGCGUCCCCGUCCCUGGAGGAGGCGUCCCAGGAGGACACGGAGGAGGAGGAGGAGCUGGGGAAAAGGACAUUCCCGGGGGACGGCCACCACAAACACGUGUCCCAGGCGCAGGGGAAGGGCAAGAGCCAGCAGAACCGGGCCAAGAGCGACCGGCGCACCAAGGUGACGCUGUCCCUCGACGUCCCCACCAACAUCAUGAACAUCCUCUUCAACAUCGCCAAGGCCAAGAACUUGCGGGCCAAGGCGGCGGCCAACGCCCACCUGAUGGCCCAGAUCGGCCGCAGGAAGUGA